AUUUUUGUGAGGCGCCAAAUUUCUGCAGAAAUUUCAACAUUCAUAUCAUUUAGACUUGAAAUUGCCAAUCAUUUUAAAUUCAAAUAAUAUAUCUAAAUAAUGGAAUCAUCUUCAUUAUCUGAUUUAGAUUCUUUAAUUAUCAAUGAUAAUAAUAAUAAUAAUGGUAUUGAUUCUUGUAACAAUAUUAUGACCACAUUAUAUGAUGAUGAAGUUAUCAUUGAUAUCAAUGAUAAUAAUGAUAAUAAUAAUAUUAUCAAUGGCCUGACAAUCGGUAUCAAUCCGGAAUCACAUUUUGGUUCAUUAAAAGUAUCGGAAGAUUCAUCGACACCAUAUACCGAUGCUACACGUUGUAAACGUACGGGAAAUCAUAAUCAUAUCAAAAGGCCAAUGAAUGCAUUUAUGGUGUGGUCACAGAUUGAGCGACGAAAAAUUUGCGUACAACAACCUGAAAUACAUAAUGCAGAAAUAUCUAAACGUUUGGGUAAACGAUGGAAAAUGUUGACAGAAGAAGAACGUCGACCAUUCAUUGCGGAAGCUGAACGUUUACGACUAUUACAUUUGAAACAAUAUCCGGAUUACAAAUAUCGACCAAAGAAAAAGCUCAAACCAUCAUCGACAUUGAAUCCAUCAUCUUCCUUAUCGUCAUCAUCAUCGAAUAAUGGCGAUAUGGAUAGCCUUUCUGAUUCCGGCCAUUCGGAUACAAGUCGACGAACAAACAAUAGCCACACAAUGAUGAUUAGUGGUCCAACAACAAUUCAACAACAUCCAACCGCUAUAGCAAUCGAAACGACUUUAUCUAAUUGUAAUGGAAUGAUUCUUGCCAACCAUAAUUCGAUAAUGGUGAAUAAUAUCGGUGAUAUUAGUGGAUCACGAAAAGCUAAAAUUCGGACAAUCACUCAUAAUGCGAAUUCUAACAACGCUAAAAGUCUAUCUUCUAAUAUAUUGACACUAACAACCACGAAUGGUAAACAACCAACAAUUGUCAAUAAAUUCAUUGCCAUCGAUUCGAUGCCUUUGUCAACAUCGAAAACUAUAUCCGGUUCAAUAUCACCCGUAUCAUCGACUGAUGGUAGUUAUUGUGGUAAUAAUAGUAAUGUGGACGAUCUACUUUUGAAUUCAGAUGCAUCGUUCAUUUCGAUUGCUGAUCAUCCACAUAAACACCUUGGACUUGCAAAAUGUUUACGUAACUCAUCAAAAUCGUCAACAAUUUUUCAAUCCAAUAAUUCAGGCCUCCUAACACCAACAUCGACAGCUACAUCAGGUUUCGCAUCGGAUGGUGAACCGGAAAUGAUCUUUAAACAGACAACAACAACCGAUAGCUUACCACAACAAUUCAUGAUUGAUUCAUUCAUUGAAAACGAUUUGAUUGGCUCGAAUCGAACAAAACAAGGUAUCAAUAUAGAUUGUAUUAGCCACCAUCAAGUUGAACAACAAUCCAAUAUGAAUGCAUUGCUGUCAUCAUCAUCAGUAAUGGCAUCGCCACCAUCUUCGACUACUUCCAUCAACGAUCUCGAUGAUUUUUGUGAUGUUUUCAAUCUUAACAAUAACAAUAACAAUGGUGAUCCAUGGUCUUGUUAUUCAUCAACAACGGCAUCAACAACAAAUGGAAGCAAUCAUCAAAUGUCAAAUAAUAGUGGCCUUAUAUUUGGUCAUUUGGAUUCCUCAUUCGAUUCAUUACAAACAUCGGCAACACAAUCGACCAACAUUAGUGCAUCGACAACAGCCUCUGGUAGCAGUAAUUCAUCGGGUUCUCAUUUUGAAUUUCCCGAUUAUGAUGGACUUGAAGUGAAAAACAUUUUUAUCGAUGAUGAUUGCUGGAACGAUAAAACAUUGUUAUCAAAUUUUCAUUAACUUAUGACAAUGAUAUUUAUCUCUCUCAGUCUUGAUACUUUUGAAUCUUUUCAUUUGCUGAAAAAAAAUCAUUUCAACCUUCGAAAAAUUAACCUUCACAUCCGGUAACUCACUCACUCCAUCCAUUCAUUUUACGACUUGAUGAUAGUCAUCAGUGUCGCCAAUCAACCAAUCUCUUUUUUUUCUCCUUAUCAACAAUCUCUUUCGACAAGCGCACAUAACAAACCCGUUACCUCGUUCUUUAAUAUCCUUUUCUAUUGAACCGACUUAUUUUACACACCUACAGAUCUAACCUACCUAUCGAAUGAUUGACCAUCUAACAUCACUCCAUUAUCAUCAAAAAAAAACAAAAAUUUUAACUGAAAAAUCCAUCCGUCGCAUUUAUUUUAACCAACAAAGAAGUCAAUAAUCCUAUUUUCUACAAAACUAAAAAAAAUUCCAGACAAAUUAAAUUGAAUUCAAGCUA